CACAACCUUCACCCUCGCGAAGCGCUCCUCAAAGCACUAUUUACGCCGGACAGUUAAGAUGAUAUCACGGUUUAGCAGGGCAUUUCUUGUGAUUACGUUCGCACUAUUCCUCCUCGGUUCACUCAUGCUGUUACAUCCGCCAUCGAGAACAUAUCUAGACCCAUGGACGGGAGACCUCUUUGGCGAGGGUGGUGUUGAGAAGGAUUUGCACACAUUUCCCGCCAGUGCGGCGGAAGGUAUGCACGGUAAUGUAAUCAUGCCCAAGCUUGGGAAUGCGACAGCGAAAGCUGAACUUGGUCGUGCGACUUGGAAGUUGCUACACACCAUGACUCUCCGAUAUCCAGAGGAACCGACAGACGACGAGCGAGCAGCACUGAACAGCUACUUUCACCUGCUCUCGAGAUUGUACCCAUGUGGCGAGUGCGCCGCAGAGUUUCAGCAGCUGCUCCAGAAAUAUCCGCCACAGACCUCCUCGCGUAGAUCUGCUGCUACAUGGCUAUGCGCCGUACAUAACAAAGUGAACGAACGGCUCGGAAAGCCUGAAUUCGACUGCGCGAAUCUUGAUGCAACUUAUGACUGUGGAUGUGGCGAUGAACCUGUAUCCACCGCGAAGACGCCAUCUAAUGGUCCUAUGGACCUUGAGGCCGAUCUGAGCAAGGAUCGUGUCACAGGCGUCGGAAUGAUAAAGGGCGGACGAUAGUUGGUGCACCUAAAUAAUACCUGUGUCUCUGAGCCUCGCUCCAUGUCAGCUAUCUCAUUGUAAUAGUGCAUACCCUCAUUUGUCCUGAC